GCAGACGCUUGGAGGGACGCAGAAGCCACCUAACCUGAUGGAGGAACUGGCCAAGAAAGAGCGGAGGGCGAUGGACCCCGGUGGCUUAAAGAAGGAGGGAAAGGUGGAAGAGGAGGCUGGAAAAGAAGAGGGAAGAGAGGAGGAGGGGGGAGAGGAGGAGGAAGUCACCUCCGAAACCCUGCGUGGCAAACCCCGACCUCUGCCCAUCUCAGCACUACCAGCUUUCAGCUACAUCCCACCAAGGCACCAGGGCCCCAAGGAGCGCAGCUACUUCAGUCGCGAGGGCCAGACAGGGAUUGUCUCCCUCUAUGACUGUGUUUUUAAGAGGAGACUAGAUUAUAACCAGAAAUUACACCGAGAUGACAGAGAACAUGCAAAGAACCUGGGGCUCCAUAUUAAUGAGGAGGAACAAGAAAGGACUGUGCCAGUGCUGAUGUCCUCUGUCUAUGGGAAACGCAUCAAUCAGCCCAUUGAGCCCCUAAACAGAGACUAUGGCCAUGUGAGCCACGUGAAGACCGACUUCUACAGGAAGAACGAGAUCCCCAGCAUCAAGGGGCCCGGCUUUGGGCACAUCAAUCCAGCCUGAAGAAGUCGUGUGGUUUCUAGGGCACUCUGAGGUACCCUAUCAGCAAGUGAUGUAGUAUACGAACCAUUUUCCUGUUCAUGUCACCUGUAGCUGUAAGAAUGUUCUUUGACUGCAGGAGGAUAAGCACGUGCAUAUCUAAGGUGGUCCUGGCUCAGAACCUGGAAAAGCACCUUUCCUUAUGUUGAAAGCUUUAGGGUAAGGAUUUUCACUGGACUUAUUUAAAAUGACACUGACUGAUUCAUUCUGAGACCCUGAAUAAAAGAAAAGCUUGCCUCCCGUUGGUAGCAGCUGUGUUUGUUUUGUGGGCUGGCUCUUCACUUUGCAAGGAUUUGUUGGGGAAGGGGUCACAGGAGAAACGUGCCGGUCCUUCUCCCUGCCCACAAUGCAAACAACCCCUUUUCUGUUUCUCUGAGAGGAACAAAAAUGGCUCUCAACAUGACUGAGCACUUUGUUUUCUUGAGGUCAUAGAUAAACUGAAUUUUGAACAAUGGAGCAUUAAAGCCCCCUGUACAUCCAUACUGCCACCCCUCCAGGGAGAAUGUGUUACAGAUUCAGGGCGCAGGCUGGACUCUGGGAAAAGUCUGCCUGUUACGUUCUCUCUCUGUGAUCUGAUGUUGUGUCAUCUUUAGGUGAAAUUUCUAAUCAGAAUACUGCCAGAGUACAGCCAUGCUCAGGGUUCACAGCCCUGAGCACUGAAACUGUCCUUACCCUUGUUAUUCUUCACACAGAGGUUUGAACCCAGGACCUUGCACACUGUGCCCCUGAGAUCUAUCUGCAGCCCAUGGCUGUCACUUUGGACAGCAGUUUCCUCUUCUGGAAGCAGCUGAUUUUAACCCAGGUUGGAAGUAUUUAUUUUGCAAGAGAAUCUGACAUACACUCAAGCACUAAGAUAUAUUUUUAAUGAAUGUAUUUUUGGAAGAAAGCAUCUCUCAUCUACUGCGAUUGAAUUUCCCAGAGCUGAGCAGUUAAUGGGCAGGUGAUGCAAUUAAUUUUGGUGCUCAACCACUGGUUUUAUUGUUUUGAAUCUGCAAGAUGGUUUCAUGAUCCAAAAUUGCUGGCCAUUUCAAGGAUGAGUAACUCCUAAAUACUUAUAUUCCGAAUUUUCCAGUGUUGUUGCUCUUUUUCCCCAAAAUAAAUAGUAGUAUAUUGUGAGUUGCUCUUGGGCACAUUAAACUAUACUUGUAAUAAUAUAAAAAAGAAAAUUAAAUGGAUUUCUGUUCGC